UAUUUUCAAGCAAAUAAUUUAGCUUAUCUUAUUAAGCCAAUUCCUUCCUUUUUCUGUGCUUGUGCUCCUUUUCUUCAUCAAUGGCGGCCACUGCGACUAUCUCUCGUAAAGACGUUAAAGUAGUGCUGAUCGAUACUCAGUACGUGGAAACCGAUCCCAGUAGCUUCAAAUCCGUGGUUCAAAGGCUUACAGGCAAGGACUGCUGCGUUUCGUGGAUAGAGGAGAGCUCGUUUUCCAGUAGGAAAACGGGAACAAAUAAUGUCGCCGGAAAGGUUGCGGCUGAAGAGUCAUACGGAUCUGCCGAUGUAGGCGGCGGCUUUGAUCAUGUUUCCAUGUUAACGAAGGGUUUAUCUUUCAAGGAUUUGGAUAGGCUGAUCUUGGAGGCGCCUUUGUUGGACGAGUUGAACUGGUUGUGGACUGAGUAA